CACAAAAAUAUCGAUACCGAUAGUUUUAGCGUCAGUCCAAAAGAAAUUUCACGACGGCCGCGUUUUCCGUCGGCAAUAAAGGAUUUUGCAUAUAAUUUGUGCAGUUAUUCGAUAAAAUAGCAGUGCUCACGCCAAAAGCGAACGAUUGCGCGCAAAAAUAUCUCGAGCUAAUAAAACGUAACGUAUUAAGACCGUAAACAAGAUGUCAACUAAAUCUCGACGCGCUGGCACCGCGACGCCGCAGCCCGGCAGCACCUCGACCCCGCUGCCACCAGCUGGUCCACAGCAGCAGCAACAACAACAGGCGAACAGCCCGUUGAGUCCCACGCGCCACUCGCGCCUCGUGGAGAAGGUGGAGCUGCAAAAUCUGAACGAUCGUCUCGCUUGCUACAUUGAUCGUGUGCGCAACUUGGAGACGGAGAACUCGCGUCUCAGCAUUGAGGUGCAGACAACACGUGACACUGUCACCAGGGAGACAACCAACAUCAAGAACAUCUACGAGACGGAAUUGCUCGAGGCACGUCGCCUCCUCGAUGAAACCUCGCGUGAGCGUGCUCGCCUCGAGAUCGACACGAAGCGCUUGUGGGAGGAGAACGAGGAGCUGACCACGCGUCUGGACAAAAAGACCAAGGAGUGCAGCACAGCUGAGGCCAAUGCCCGCAUCUAUGAGUCGCGUGCUAAUGAGCUGAGCAACAAAUAUAAUCAGGCCAAUGCGGAUCGCAAGAAGGCCAUCGAUGAGCUUAACGAGGCUAUCAAGGAAUUGGAACGCUUGCGCAAGCAACUCGACGAUUCGCGCAAGAAUCUCGAACAGGAGACAUUGGCACGUGUUGAUCUGGAGAAUAACAUACAGAGUCUGCGUGAGGAACUCUCGCUGAAGGAUCAGGUGCAUGUGCAGGAGAUCAACGAGUCGCGUCGCAUUCGUCAAACCGAAUACAGCGAAAUCGAUGGACGUCUGUCAUCGGAAUAUGAGGCAAAGUUGCAGCAAUCUCUGCACGAGUUGCGCAGCCAAUACGAGGAGCAAAUGCGCAACAAUCGCGAUGACAUCGAGUCCUUGUAUGAGGCCAAGAUACGUUCUCUGCAGGAUGCGGCUUCCCGCACCCACAACUCGACGCACAAGUCCAUCGAGGAGCUGCGCAAUUCACGCAUACGCAUCGAUGGCCUCAAUGCCAAGAUCAAUGAUCUGGAAUCGAUCAACACCUCAUUGAAUGCCCGCAUCCGUGAGCUGGAACAACAACUGGACAAUGAACGUGAGCGUCAUGGCAAUGAUAUUGCCUUGCUGGAGAAGGAACUGCAUCGCCUGCGCGAGGAGAUGGCGUUGCAGCUGCAGGAGUAUCAGGAUCUGAUGGACAUCAAGGUCUCAUUGGAUCUGGAAAUUGCUGCCUACGACAAGUUGCUGGUGGGCGAGGAGGCGCGUCUGAAUAUAACGCCCGCCAAUACCGCCACCGUGCAAUCCUUCAGCCAAUCGUUGCGCAGCACACGUGCCACGCCCUCACGUCGCACCCCCUCGGGCGCCUUAAAGCGUAAGCGUGCCGUUGUCGAUGAGUCGGAAGAUCGCAGUGUCUCCGACUACUAUGUGUCAGCCAGCGCCAAGGGCAAUGUCGAAAUCAAAGAGAUCGAUCCGGAGGGCAAAUUUGUAAAGCUGCAUAACAAGGGCAACGAUGAGAUAUCCAUUGGCGGCUGGCAGCUACAGCGUUCCCUCAACGAGGGUGGACCGGCGACCACCUACAAGUUUCAUCGUUCGGUCAAAAUCGAACCGAAUGCCACAGUGACCGUCUGGUCUUCGGACUCGAGGGCCACACACGAGCCGCCAUCCAACAUUGUGAUGAAGCAGCAAAAGUGGAUUACGGGCGACAACACCAAGACGACUUUGUUGAACAACGAUGGCGAGGCUGUUGCCAACUUGGAGCGUAUCAAGCGAAUUGUCUCAACGCACGUGUCCUCCACACGUCUCAGCCGUCGACGCAGUGUCAGUGCCGUUGAUGGCAACGAGCAGCUGUAUCAUCAGCAGGGAGAUCCAAAUCAGAACGGCGAGAAGUGCUCGAUUAUGUAAUAGAUGCAAGACAAACAACAACCAUAAUAAUAACAACAACAACAACACAGAGCCAGAAUAACAGACAAAACAGACAAACAGAACACAGAGAACAAACACAAACAGACAGUCACAGAGACAGACAGACAGAAAGUAUAGCUAUCAGUUAAGUUAAUCAGUUUUGUGGCUACCCUAAGUAGUAACUAAUUUAUUCAAUUGUAAAUCUGCAAGAAUAGGCAGUUGAACGAUUUAUGUCUUCAAAUUCUAUCCACAUGUUUAAUUAUUGAAUCCUGUUCUUUCAAUUCCCCCCACGAGUUUCGUUUUCUGUUCCUUUUGAAAAAACAAAAUCAAAAUCAAAAAAAAAAAAUGACAAAUUAUUAAUUAACGUUACGUGUUCCGCCUUUAAAUUCAAAUACAAAAUUAAAAUAACAUUUUUUCCAUACAAUUCAGUCUCAAAUAUUAUUAAGUUUGUAAACUUUAUUUGGUAUAUUAACAAUACUGUUUAUACACUCGUUCUCCGAGUUGAAUACUAAUUUUAUUUAUACCACAUAGAAUUUACAAGAAUUAAAUUUCCGUACUACCUUUUUUUUUGUGCGUUCAAGUGCUUUGAAAAUGCUGUAAAAAUCGUAGCAUUUUUGAUGCAUUUGUACGAUUUCGCCUAUCCACCAUAUAAUUAAUAUAAAUAAAAACAAAAUACAUAUAUAUAAAUAGUUUUAUAAGCAGCAUUAAAAACAUACGACGAGCUCAUGUUAAACUAAAUAAAAAACAACAAAAACUUAAACUACACACAUGUAAGCUCUUUUACCAUACACGUAUGUAUAAUAAGUUAAGUAUAUAUUUUGUACAAGCAGAGCAUAUAAAAAUACAUUACUCAAAAACUUAAAAAAAAAGAUGAAGAGAUUUCGUAGUAUGAGGAAAGCCUGCAAUAUAUUUUUAAAACGAUUCAAUUUCUUAGGUCAACAUGAAAUGAAAACUGCUCUCUCCCUCUAGUGCUGCUGGUGGUGCUCAUAAAAAUAUUUUUUUUUGGAAAUUUUUUUUUGGGCGCUAAACCGGUUUUUCCUGUAAGAAGAAAAGCAGCUCAAUUUUUUAUGGGCGUGGGUGUGGCCACGUCAACACUAAACUACACCUACGAAUAUUGAAAUUAAAUGUACAUUCUAAGUAUGUAACUGCUAAAAAAAUAAAAACAGAUAAAAAUGUUUCA